AUGAACGAAACUCCUUCCACCAGUUUCUCCAUGGUUCGUCGGAUCUCCUCUGAAGGUCAGCUUCCUUCUCUUCGCCAGUCGGGCAUCACCCAGCCUGUUGUGGCCAAAAGGAUCAGUUUCUACAAGAGCGGAGACCCUCAGUUCGGCGGGGUCCGGGUGGUGCUGAACCCUCGUUCCUUCAAGACAUUCGAUGCUCUGCUGGACAACCUGUCGGGCAAGGUGCCCCUGCCCUUCGGGGUGCGGAACAUCAGCACCCCCCGCGGGAGGCACAGCAUCACGCGCCUGGAAGAGCUGGAGGACGGUCAGUCGUACCUGUGCUCCCACGGCAGGAAGGUGCAGCCGGUGGACCUGGACAAGGCCCGGCGUCGCCCGCGGCCCUGGCUAAGCAGCCGAGCUCUCAGCACGCAUGUGCAGCGAGGCCCCGCCCCUGCUGCUCCCGGUAUGCUGCGUGCGCCGCGACGGCUCGUGGUCUUCAGAAAUGGCGACCCCAAGACGAGGCGUGCAAUCGUGCUCAACAGGAGGAUCACGCAGAGCUUCGAGGUCUUCCUGCAGUACCUGACACAGGUCAUGCAGCGCCCGGUGACCAAGCUGUAUGCCACAGACGGAAGGAAGGUUCCCAGUCUGCAGGCUGUGAUCCUGAGCUCCGGAGCUGUGGUGGCAGCAGGAAGGGAACCGUUUAAACCAGGAAAUUAUGACAUCCAAAAGUACUUGCUUCCUGCUAGAUUACCAGGCAUCUCUCGUCGUGUGUACCCCAAGGGAAAUGCUAGGUCAGAAAGCAGAAAACUGAGCACACAUGUACCUUCAAGCCCAACGUCUCAGAUUUAUUCUCUUUCUUCUGAGAAAAUGCAGAGUAAUGAUUGCUACUCAGAUCAUUCUUUUGCUUCUGAAAAUUACUUGGCAUUAGAAAAAAAUGAUUCUCAGAAUUUAUUGAUAUAUCCUUCUGAAGAUGAUGUUGAGAAAUCAAUUAUUUUUAAUCAAGAUGGCACUAUGACAGUUGAGAUGAAAAUUCGAUUCAAGAUAAAAGAGGAGGAAACCAUAAAAUGGACAACCACUCUCUGUAGAGCUGAUCUGUCCAAUAAUGGUGAAAAAAGUGAAAUAAGCAGUCUCCCAGGGAGAACGGAUGAUCGAUCAUCUGGUGUAAAGAUUACUGCAUGUUCAUUGUCCACAGACAUCUCACCUCUGGAGAAAGGUGGUAGUCUGGUGGACAGUCUAGCGGAGGAGGUGAACACUCAAGUGAAAGAUCAAGAUGUUGAAACUUGCAGUUCUACCAGCUGGGAGAACCCUGUUAUGGACACAGAUGCCACCCAGGGAACUCAGGAUCGAGUGAAACAUCGUUUCUACAGGCCCCCUACACCUGGACCAAGGAGAAUGAGGCAGAAGAAGUCUGUGAUAGGGAGUGUGACCUUAGUAUCUGAAACUGAGGUUCAAGAGAAAAUGAUUGGGCAGUUUUCCUACAAUGAAGAAAGGAAAGAUUGGGAAAACAAGUCUGAGUAUCACAUGGUCACACAUUCUUGCAGUAAAAUGUCAUCUGUGUCCAACAGACCCAUAGUUGUUAAAGUUGAUAAUGAUGAGCAGGUAGCAUCAUCUUUAGAAAGAAAAAAGGAAAGCAGGUUGCUCAAAUCAAAUGCAGUAAGUGCUGGUGUUGUAGAAAUUACAAGUCAGAAGAUGUUAGAGAUGUCCCAUAAUGGUGGCUUGCCACAGACUACAUCAGAAAACUCCAUUGUGGAGGAAGGAAUAGUUGAUAAUGUCACAGCAGACAACAAAGCUAGGGUCAGGAAUUUAAGAACUUAUGGUAACACCGAUGAUAGAUCCAGCCCUUUCUUAGCAGAUGCAGCUCACUCUUCAAGUAACAACCCUGGAACUGACAAAACUAUUUCCAAGACCCCAGCUUCAGUAGGAUCCUCUACUGUCACUGCAAGAAUCGACCAACUGAUUCAUGAAUUUUCUCACUGUGGUUUAACAAAACUUCCAGAAAAUGAAAAGCAGAUUUCAUCCUCAGUUGCUAGCAAAAAAAAGAUGAAAUCUCAGCAGCAUGUGAUAAAUUCUCAGCAUCAGGCUGGAGAGAUGGCAACUAAAAGAAUCCCCAGGAAGAGUAAGAGAAUGAACACAAGAGGUAGAAUUUCACAGGAAACCAUAUUGCGAGAUUCAUGUAGUCCCCUCAAAGGGGCCAUACUUUGUGAGAAAGACCUCCAUGCAAGUGAUACAGUAAUUGAAUCAAAUUAUUUUUCUUCAAAAGGUAAUAAUCCUGUGAAUUCCAGAAAUUUCCAUAGAAAUAAAUUAAAUUCUAUUCAUAAACCUAAGGUUCAAGGACUUUUAGCCAGAAGAAAAUCCAGACCACUAAACAAAGUAAACUUGGGGGGACCUACAAAAAGAGAAAUUAAUCAAGGAGAGAAAGUGUUUUCCCAUAAUGAGGUUGGAUAUUGCAAAAAUACCUUUGAAAAUCAAAAUUUAUUUCAUUUGUUUAACUUCCUUGAGCAAAAACCCAGUGCUUUUUGUGGGCCAGAGUCUCAGGCAGAAACAGCAUCUUGGUAUUUGAGAGGAACGUCAAGGAGGAGUUUAGUUUCAAAAGUUAAUAACUCACACAUAACUUUAAGGAGCCAGAAAAAACAAAAAAGGGAUAAGUUGAAAUCAGAUACUACUGUAAGUAAGCAGCAUGUCACAACUAGGGCAAAUUCCUUGGCUUCUUUGGAAAAAGCUGUUUUUCCUGAGAAUGUUACCCAUCAUUCAGUUCAAAGUUACGUACAAAGAUGGUUGCAGAACUUAAGUCCACAAGCAGCUUUGCAGCUUGGCAAGUCAGCUCCAGUAUACAAAAAGGAGAGGAGUGUGGCGAGUUACAACAACGGUUUUCUUCUAGGAAACGGUUCCUGCACUAGUUCUGACAAAAGAAAUGAUUCUGUUAUGCAAAGUAAUAGACACACAACUAAAAGUGCCAGUUUGACAGGAGACGAUCUAGAUAAGAAAGUAGGUAUGUCUUUUGACAAAGAUAGCAGUGAAGAACUCAUGCAGGAUCACCGUGAGAGCCAGACUGACUCUCUGAACGAUACUUACUUGCUUUCUGUUCAUGAAUUCCAUACUUUGUCACAGUCAGCUAUGGAUGAUCCUAAUGCUAAAAGUCAAGUAUCUGCUGCAAAGUCAGGGCAAGAGAUGAGCCUUGUUUACAAAGACAUAAACCUUUCUGCAAAAGGGCCAAGCGUAGAGACUGCCGUACAGGUAGAUCUGGAAGGGGACGCCCCACAGCACUUGUCACCAGUCCAGCUGCUUCGCCAGCUGCAAGCUUUGGCUCCUAGCAGUCCCAAGGCUCGAAAUGGAGUUGUUCAGAUGCCAGGUUCACUUUCAGAAGUUCCUUUCCCUUCUUUGAUAUGUAAUUCCUCCACUAAUGUACUUCUAGCUUGGCUCCUGGUGCUAACCCUAAAGGGAGGUGUGAAUAGCUUCUGUCCAGGUGACGCUCUCAAGGCGACCAGUGGAAGUUCAGAAACACUUGCACUGUUGGAGGUGCUGAAGCACAUUGCCGUCACAGAGGAAGCUGAUGACUUGAAGGCCGCCGUGGCCAGCUUAGUGGAAUCAACCACGAAUCACUUUGGACUCACUGAGAAAGAACAGGAUGUGGUUCCAAUAGGUGUUUCUGCAAAUUGCUCUACACCCAGCAUUCAGAUAAUUCCUCAGUGUGCUGAAAAUGAGAAAACACAGAAAAUCUCUUUAGAUGGAAGCCAUACUGCCAGUGAGGAAGUCUCUGAAGUCUGUGUUACAGCAGUGACUCACUCUCCAUGUAAAAUGGGCACUGUAGUUAAGACUUACCCUCCAAAAGAGACUUGUCACCUCAUUGAAGAUUCUUUCUCCAGUAAUGACUGUACCACGGAUCAGACUUCCAUGAACAAGGCUUGUUUCUUAGGAGACAUCUCUUCACUUACUGAUGCUGUGUCUUCUCAUGAAGGUUGUGCUUAUGAACAAAUCCAUAGCUAUGAGAGAGCUGAUAAUUUGGAAUUGACCGAAGAGUUAGAAAGAGUUGAUGAAAUUCAGAAAAACAGAAAUAUUUUGGCAGACCCUGAGUGUAAACACGGCUCUAAUAUGUUGGUGUCACACCAAAAUAUCAGUAGUUUAAGCCACUGUGGCUCUUUCCAAAAUACAACUGAAUCAGAACUUGAUGGAGAACAUAGUUUUUUAGAUAAAUCUGGAAGUUGUUCAUUAAAGAAAUUUCAGGAUAAAAAUGUAUAUACAUCUUUUGAUAAGGAGGAUUCAAAGACUUCUGAAGAACCAGGCUCAACAACCAACAGCAUGACAUCAAAUGAAAGAAACGUCUCAGAAAUGGAAUCUUUUGAGGAAUUAGAAAACCAGAACACUGAUAUCUUUAAUAUAAAGGUAAAUUCAGGGGGGCAAGUGACUGAAGAAUUGAUCCAAAAGGAGUUAGAGGCUAGUAAAAGUUUGGAAUUGAUCGACGUGUCCAGCAGAAAUGAUGCAGAAGGAAAGGAUGGUAUAAUUUGUGAGACAAUCAGUAGGAAACUGGUGACACCACCAUCUUUAGUAUUUUGCUAUGAUUCUAAGCAAAAUACAGAAAAGGAGCCCAGUGAAGGAGAAACUAAAACAAAAGUCAGAAAGAUGGUGGAAAGCUUGGAAGCUGGAAGUUCUGCAGAGUCUCCUCUUAAUUUUAAAAACAGCCUAAGAAGGUCAGGAACUUCUGAUUGGUCAGAUUAUAGACAAAACAGUGAGAAUGAACAGUCAUACAAAACAUCCAGCGAUGACCCCAGUGACAGUGAUGAGGAGAUGAUCCCCGAGAAAGAAUGCAACAAAGGAUUUGUUAAAAGGACAAUAGAGAAACUUUAUGGUAAAGCAGAGAUGAUGAGACCAUCUUUUUUUGCUGGAUCUACACACACAUCUCAGGUUUAUCCUUGUGAUUCUGUGGAAUUUCAGGGCACUGGGAAAGUAGGUCUUUAUGAUCCUGAAGGUCAGUCACUUGGCUCUUUGGAACGGGUGUCUAGUAAUUCAACUGUGUUGCAGAAAUUUCCGGAGCAAAAACGAGAUAAAUGUGAUGUUAAUAACGUGAGGGACAGUUCUCCCAGGGAAGACAUUGCAGAACAUGAUACAACACAGAAUGAUCAUAAAAGAAUCCUCAGGGACAGGGAAGAGGGAGUACUGAUUGACAAAGGCAAGUGGCUCCUGAAAGAAAAUCAUUUGCUAAGAGUAUCAUCGCCGGAAUGUUCUGGCCCGUGUGGCCAUGCAGACACCACAUCAGUGGAUACUCUACUGGAUAAUAGCAGCAACGAGGUUCCGUAUUCACAUUUUGGAAACUUGGCUCCAGGCCCAAACAUGGCUGAACUAUCCUCCUCAGAGCUAGAGGAACUGACUCAGCCUCCUGAGCUGAGAUGCAAUUAUUUUAAUGUGCCUCAUUGUAGUGACUCGGAGCCCUUCCAUGACGAUGAGCUGGAUAGUCAAGAUGAAGCUUGUGCUCAGGAGAGAAAACCCAAUCACCCAGCAGAGGAGAAGGGUAACCUUAGAUCAGAGAGAGUGUGUACGUCUGCCACUCAUGUCUUCGCAUCUGCUGGUAACAAAGUCCAUCCUGUCUGUGAUGGUGCUGUUAGGAACCAACCGUUGGCUGGUAGUAAUGUAAUUCAUGGCGCCCUUCAGGAAGGCGACUCUUUGGAUAAACUCUAUAAUAUCUGUGGUCAACAUUGCCCGAUACUAACUGUGAUUAACCAGCCUGUAAAUGAGGAACACCGAGGAUUUGCAUAUUGCAAAGAUUCUGAUGUUGAAAAUUCUUUGAGUCUCCAGUUAUGGAUGAAAAUACACCCAUGUUUACGACAGUCAAGCAGAACCAUGUUCAGAGACAAGAACAAUAAAACAAGAAGUAGAAGAGCACUUACUGAUAAUGCCGUUGGAAACACACACGAUUGGGCUCAUUUUAAUAACACACUUGACUUGAUGGACAGAAGGAGAAAAUUAAAACAAAGUAACUGCUUGCGCUUAGAGGAGGAAAAUAAUUUCAAUAAAUUUCAGUCAUAUUUAAAGAGUUUCUUGCACACGUUGUUGUUAGUUGUGGGUCAGGUGAAUUCAAAUACACAAGACCCCAGCAGUCAGACAAAGGAAAUCUUUGAAGUAGUUGAUGAGAACAACAACUUACUAAACAGCAGAUUCCAGAACUCAGGAACGAAUCUCAACCAAGUAGUCAGAGAACACAGCUACCAUUUGUCCUUUGAAAUGCUUGGCCAAGCCCGCCUGUUUUGCCAAGUUGAGACAUUCUUAGGUGUUAGCAACAGAAAUAUCUUAGAAAUAUUUUAUAUUUUUGAAGAUGAAAAUCUUUUCAUUUGGGAAGAGGAAAACUAA